CCCCUAAUGUUGAUACGGGUGAAUAUAGCGGCGAAGUAAAACGACGAAGAAUUGAUACGUUUAACGUAUGGCAAGAGGAAGCGAAUAAUACGACUAGAAAUGGAAUCAACAAAGAGAGUAAUAUAAAAAUUACUCAUAGUUUUAUUACUCAAGAUAAUUAUUAUGAUGCUCACGAUAAUUAUGCACCUGAAAUAAAAAAAGAAAACCAAGCAGUAAUCAAGAAAGAGAAAAUAAACGAUUCUUCUUAUAAAGAUACAUACUUUAUAUCAAACAUAGAAUUUACAACCGUGCAAGUCAUAAAAUCACUAGUUAUUGGUGAGGUUUAUGGUCUUAAAUAUGAAGAUCUUUGGUAUCGAGCUAUGGUAACAUCCUUGAAUCCUACUGUGGUCCACUUUAUUGAUUUUGGUAUCGAUGAGACACUAAUAAAAGAUGCCGAGCUGAAAGAUCUUGGAGAAUUGAAAUCUCCUAUUAUUACCAAAAUUCGUUUGCCACAGGGCAUAAGUGAUAAGUACAGGAAUUUACAACGGGGAGAUAAAAUUUCCGUUAGAAUGUUAUUUGUCGAUUCUGAAAAAACAAUAAUAGUAGAAAUAAAAGAAGUACAGCCUGUUGCAACAGAUACAACUUUGCAUGCGACAGAAAGUGCUUCAAGUAAUGCAACGAAAAAGUUUGUAUCUCAAGAAAAUUCGGAGGCAACGAGUAAAAAUUUGGAAACAAAUGGAAAUAGUACAGAUUCGGAAAUAGUACAGAUAAAGCAGGAGUUAACACCGAGAGAGUUAAAUAAUAUUAAAAUUGAGAAUUGCCUCAAGGACGGCGAAAUCGAGUUGCCAGAUGUUUGCGCCGCGCUUUCGGAAAAGCUCAUGUUAAAUCUUAAAACUGCUGUGGCUCCUCAAAUUUCUUCUGUGCCUUCUACAAUAUGUGCUCCAAGUUCAUCCAAUAAUAAUUCUGAUUCGGAUAAUAAGGUAAAGCUUGGGAACAUGGAUGUUGAAGGGCAAGAUGGCCAACCGAGAUUGCGCAGAAAGCUACCUGGAUGUAAGUAUUUCCAAAUUAGAGAUUAUAGAAAUGUACUAUUUCAUACAUCUGUAAUCUAUUUAGAAUUAUAA